UACAGUGUAGAGACAUUGACUGUGCAAAUCCAGUGUGAUAUCCGGUUCAUCAAGAAUUGAACUGAAUAUUGGCACUGAAUAAGUUUGGUCGAGUUUGGCAUUGUUGAUCUGCUAUUUCAACCUUUUCCCUCGAGCUGAAGUGGGGAAAUGUGCUGGAGCAAGAGAAAGCAAUGUUUUCAGUGAAUCAAGAGAGUAGAGCCUCCCUAACGUAACAUCUUACACCCUGCAGGACGACCAGUAGAUAGAGAGAAAGGGAGCGAGAGGGAGAGAGAUGGAGGAUCAGUUCAGCCGUCUGUAUGCAGGCCCACUGUCUGCGUCCGCACAGAGGAUCGUGGCAGCGCUGAGAGCGGAGUAUGCAGAUAGGCCCGGCAGGAGCCACAGCUAUUCACAGCGGAGACCUGUGAACCCAUACCCAUCUCCGAGCACAUGGAGCCAGAGCCAGACCCAGCACAACCACUCUUACUCCAACAGGUCAUGGCCUAGGCCUUACUCCAGUUUUCCUGGCACCCAGGAGGAGUCUGACAGACCCACCCUCCCAGCCUCGACUACAGAGAGCGGCUCCUCACCCACUCAAGCCACCCCUCUGCCUGCCUGGAUGGAAUCAGCAGAGAGGGAGCCAGGUUUCCCUUCCUGUACGCAGGACAGACAGUCCCCAGUGCAAGCUGAGUUCUCCCUCCGCCUGGACUCCCCUCAGAAUGAGCCCUCAUUCCACUUUCACUCCCAGCCUGCUAAACACUCCUCAGUUCUUUUCCCCUUCCCCCAAACAAAGCCCCCGUUCCCCCUUCCAUCUCCCCAGAGAGGCUCACCAUUUUCCUCCAUCUCCCCUCUGAAGGAGCCCCCUCCCACCCCUCUCUCCAUUGGCAGGAGCCAGCUGGGGUAUUCCGGGGCUGUGUCUGCUUUCAGAGGGGCAGUUAGAAGGCUGAAAAUGCCCCAGUCAGACAGCCAGACAGACAUGGUGGCAGACCAUUUUCAGACUCAGCUAGAGAGUGGGUCUGACCAGGCCAGACAGCAGAUGAUACCGGCCACCCACACCAGACUGAAGAACCGGCAAGACUUACGGCGUAUGCAGCACACCAGAUCUGAAACAAACCAGACUGGACCCAGUACACUUCAGAUGCAGCCUGAGAGCCACUGCGAAGAGACCAGACAGCGGACCAGACCAGACACCCACACCGGACUAGACAACCAUCACCAGGGGAAUUUCUGUCACACUGCAGCUGAGAUUGGGCAGGCUGAUCCAGACAACCUCCAGACCAAACCAGAGAUCCAUCAGGCGCAGGGUACUAAGGGUACACAGGGUUCUGAAAUACACAGUAACACAAGAAGUGAUUUAACCGACUUGCAAAAACACGAUCCGUCAGCCACAUCACCUUUGGUUACAGUGCCAUGGAUUCCCAGCGACAGAUCCAAACAGAGGGGCUGGCAUCUGUCAGUGAUGCCCAGCAGAGAGGCCUCGGAGAGGGGGGAGCAAGCAGAGAACGUCCCUUCACCAGCUGAUCCAGCUAAGAAGGGGGAAUUUGGGUGCUUACUGGUGCCAUCACACAUGGCCACAGCAGAAAUAGAGAGCUCACAGUUGGACAGACACAGUGCUGGCCCAAUGAGAGAAGAGAGUAGCGAGAUGGAAAUGGAUUUGGGUCAUAGCUCUGCUAGAGUGGUAGAACAAGAGGAUGGGCAUUUGAUAUCCACAUCUCCUCCACCAGGAUCUAGAGAGGCUACUGAGACUGUGACUGAGGCUAGUGAGAGAGGUGGUGAUCUGGGCUCACCAUCUGAGGAGAGUUCCAUUCAGGCACAUGGGCUAUACUCAAGAUCCAACAGCGUGGAAGAGACCCACAUAGGUGGUGAGGACAUGGCUGGCACACUGGCACGUGACCACUCCAGCCAUCUCCAUGACGCUCAGCUGGAGGCAGAGUCUGUUCCAGACACUCAGCUGCCCAGUGCCCAACCAGAAACCGCCUCCGUGAACGGCGGCCUAUCGGCGUUUGAAAGUGGCAAAAACGCACUCGCCUUGAGCAGCACUUGCACGCUUCAUCGUGACAACCAGCAUGAACGUGAAGCUGAUUACUUGCUCAAUCAGGGUGACCAGAGGAAUUGUUGUGAACAGAAUGACCAGAGUGGCGGAUAUAAGGAAAUCGCCUGGUUUGACGGAGAGACCUGCGUGACCGAGCCCAACCCCCAGGGGGUGCUCUCACGUACGUCCGUUCCCGCCGCAGAGGAAAGCCAGCCUGAGCUGAAGAGGCAGAGGAAGAUCAGUCUGACUGAGGAGGGUGAGGAAAGGAAAGCCAGAGAGUGCCGUGCGGUAGACCCUGCUGGGUCGGAGGAGCAUGGCCAACAGAGGAGACUUGGCGUGAGCAGCAGAGUGCUGCAGUUCAGAGCGCCCCCUGCUGGCCGCACCCCACUGCAGCUGUCCCAGCCCACCUCUCAGGCACGCCAGCACAGCUCAUGUGUUCUCCAGCGUAUUGAAGACCACUUAGGAUGUUAUGUUGGGAUUGAUUUUUCACCCUCCCAGGUUUUGGCUGGGAGUUCCAACAGAAGCUGUGGUCCUAAAAGGCAUCUCUUGACUCCCACAGCAAAGGGAGCCCUGGAGUCCCCCAGGAUGGCCCCCUCUCCCACCCCGACCCCCUGGGCACCCCCGACCCCUAUAGCCGAGAGGGGAACGCCCACCGACAGCACCCCUUCCCAGCAGCCCCCUCUCUCCUCUCGCCGGCGGCCCGUACGUUGGGAACCCCCCCGGUCCUCCCAGGGCGAGAGAGGAGGCGGUGUUGACCCCUCGGCCCAGGCUGCAGCCGCCCCCCGCUGCCCCGGACCACCGCACCCCGACACCGCUCAGACCUCCGCUCAGCACCGCUCCAUGAACCCCCGUCCUGCCUCCUCUGCCCCAGAACCUCCUCUGCCCCAGAGGCUUCCCCAGCAGAGCCCUGUGCCUGGUGGGUGUCCAGCGACAGUCAGAGCUGACCCCCAGGAGCCGUCAAUCAGCAACCGGCACGGCCACCCCAGGGCUACCAAUCAGAAGCAGGCUGCGACGGGGCCUGAGAGGCCAAGGAUUGGAGGAUCCACAGAAGGGGUGGGAGCAGUGACCCCAGUGUCUGCAGCUAAGCCCAAACCCAGCCUGGCGUUGACCUCUGACCCUCGUGUGUGUGAUACGGGGCGUCUGAGUGCGGGGGAGAGGGAGCGUGUCCUGGAGGAGAUGAGGACGGCCAGAGCACUGGUGCUCACACUGGUGCUGCAGGACGGGAGCACACAGCUGGACGUGGAGCAGAAGAACAGUCCAUCUGUGUGUGGUAUCUUGAUCCUGCUGAAGAGGGCGUUGGACCUGUCUCGCCCACAACCCACUGAGGAGGAGAAGCUGCUCUUCCUGAGACUGGAGCAGAGGCCCGUCUGGGUCCAACAUCAAACUGACCAGAACCAUGAACAGUUUACCAGAGAGCUGGUUGUGCUGGUGCUGUCGGGACAGAGGCAGGUGGUGUGUUAUAAAGCCAAAGACCUGCUGCGCACCACCCUGCAGCAUCACACACACACGCUCAGUUGGAAACAAAUGGGUGUGUGUGAGGUGCUGGACCCCCAGAUCGCUGCGUGGCUGCUGGACCCCAGUGACUCGGGUGCCUGCUUCCAGGAGCUGCUGAACAAACACUGCAAGCCCAACACACACUCCUCCGCCACACACAACUUCACACCUGCACUGGGCCCCCAGAAGGUCACUCAGCUCAUCUCUGGUUUGAAUCAUCUGUAUAAACUCAUGGUUGAGUUACGCUCAAAACUGAAGACUAAAGGACUGUGGCAGCUUUAUUCUCAAAUGGAGACUCAGAUGAUUCCAGUUCUUGCAGCCAUGGAGAGUCACAGGAUCCACGUGGACAGAGAUGCUCUGAAGAAGACCUCUGAUAUGCUGGGGUCGAAGCUGAAACAGCUGGAACAGGAGGCCCAUCAGGCAGCUGGCCAGCAGUUUCUGGUGUCCAGCAACAACCAGCUUCGACUGGUUCUUUUUGAGAAGUUACGUCUGCAUGAGCGCUGUGAGAAUAAGAAGUUGCCCAAAACCCUUCUCAAACAACAGCAGUCAACAUCUGAGGCUGUGCUGUUGCAGCUUCAGGAUCUGCACCCACUGCCCAAAAUCAUUCUAGAGCACAGGCAGAUACAUAAACUCAAGUCUACAUUUGUGGAUGGAAUUUUGUCAUGCAUGAAUAAGACGUUCAUCUCCUCCACAUGGAAUCAGACCAGUGCUGUGAGUGGCAGACUGUCAGCCAAACACCCGAACUUCCAGGCGCUGCCGAAACAGCCCCUUCAGAUCACCAAGAAGCAAUAUGUCCAUGGAAAGGAAGCAGAGCUUGUGACCGUACACCCUCGCACCAUGUUCAUUCCCCGGCAAGGCUGGACCUUCCUGUCUGCAGAUUUCUGUCAGGUGGAGCUGCGUCUGCUGGCACAUCUCUCCUUGGACCCGGAGCUUCUCAAAAUUUUCCAGAAUCCUGAGGCAGAUGUCUUCACCAUGCUGGCCUCUCAGUGGAAGGGCAUAAAGGAGGACUCGGUGAGUUCAGAAGACAGGGAGCAUGCCAAGCGCAUCGUCUACUCCGUUGUGUAUGGAGCAGGGCGGGAGCGUCUGUCUGGUAUUUUGGGCGUGAGUGCAGAGCAGGCCAGCCGUUUCCAGGACAGCUUCCUGCAGACCUACAGGGAGGUGCAGACCUUCAUCCAGAAAACCAUACAGCAGUGCCACAGCCAAGGUUACGUGGUGUCCAUAAUGGGUCGCCGGCGCUCACUCCCCCACAUCCACUCAGCAGACUGGGCAACACGUAACCAGGCAGAGAGGCAGGCCGUCAACUUUGUGGUGCAAGGCUCUGCUGCUGACCUGUGUAAGAUGGCCAUGAUCCGCAUCUUCUCCCAGGUCACCUCCUCUGCAUCUCUCACCGCCAGGCUGGUUGCACAGAUCCAUGAUGAGCUUCUGUUUGAGGUGGAGGAAUACCAGCUUCAGGAGUUUGCCGUGUUGGUGAAGAGUACCAUGGAGUCUCUCCAGCACAUAGACAGCCUUGGAGUUCAUCUGACUGUCCCCCUGAAGGUGGUGGUGUCAAGUGGAUCUUCUUGGGGUUCCAUGUCUGAGCUGUACCUCCCAUGCACUUCUUCCUCUGACUGACUGGUCUCGUUCUGUCUUUUUUCAUUGACUCUUUCUUUCUUUCUUUCUCUCCUUUCUUUCUCACCUCUGUUACCCUCUUUUCUCUUCACUUCUUUCUUUCAGGUUCCUACCAUUUUGUUCCUUCUCUUUGCAUCUAACACCUUCAGUUACACCCCCUCUUGUCAGCCAUUUCCCUUCUCCUCUCCUUAACGUAUUACUCUUUCACUCGCUUACUCACUUGUUCACUCGUUCACUCCUUCUUUCUCGCUUUUUCUGCUGCAUCCCGUUGCCGUGGUAACCGAGCAGCUGCAGCUCCUCUAGCACUCUCGUCUGUAUCCGAGGGCAACGGUAGGAGAUCCAGACUGGAUCACGCCAGUUCCUCUUUUUUGGACUACUUAUCCUUCUUCUCUCUCUUUCUCUCUCUUUUCUCCACCACUUUGAAAAUAGUUUCUUUCCAUCUCUCUUGUUGACAUGUUUUAAUCUGCUUGCCUGUUCAUCCCUGUAUUUUGUUACCCAGGGAGAAACUAAAGACUAGAGAACAGUUGAUAUGUUUAUUCAAAUGUCAAAUAUCUUUCAAAAUGUGAUUAAUGUAUUUCUAUAAUGUAUUUGCAUGCAUACCUGUUAUUUAUGUAUUCAUACAUAUAUUUAUUCAGUACUUUAUAUUGUGUCCAGUUGUCCAGUAUGUGCUGAUUGUGUAUUGUCAUUCUGCCGAUGCUGACAAGGAGAUUGACUGAGAGCCCCACUUGUCUCUUGAUGACCCCAGUGAACUUCAUCUCUCUCCUGGCUAAGAUUGGGGUCUGAAACCAGUUACAGUGGCAGACUUAGGCAAACACCCACCCCACACUCUCUGGCACAAACUCACCCCACAAAUUCCUCUAAACUCCUCUCUCUCUCUCUCUCUUUGUUUGCUGUAGUUGACAGCCUCAUUGUGUUCUCUUUCACAGCGAACACAAUUCAUUGAGUUGUCAUUGAGUUCUCUUUCACAGCCUCUACUCACAGGCACUCUGACACACACAUACACGCACACACACACACUCUCACACUCACACAGAAAUGUGCCCAUAGCACUGCCAGGCCCACUGACCCAGUUUUUCUGGGGCUGGCAGGGGCACCAGGUCCCCAUAGCCCUUUCAGUGCCCCAAACACACACACACACACGCACACAUUCCUUCCCUUACACUCACACUUUAUCCUUCUCAUUCACACACGUCUACUUCAUUUAAAGCUUAAGCACACUGAAAGCCGUAAUUUCUUGUACAUUGUCUUGGUCCUUCAAAUUCA